UAAACAAACAAGGGAGUCUAGCGACACCGUCACCGUGUGGGUCACCGAGUCACCGACCGACUAGUCAGUCAGUCACACGAGCCACCGCAGUGAGCACUGUGCACACAGCACCACACCACGCCAGCCUCGCCUUGUGGUGAUGCGCGGUCUUUCGAGGCUAAGGACAGCACUAACCACACUGCACCAUGGAAGUGUCGGAGCAAGAGCACUGGGAGAUGUUGGCUGCGCUGUACAAGCAUGGGACAAACACCAAAGCACUGGUCACAGAACUGUCUAACUGGGGGCAAGAAAAAGUGGAGCAUUACAUCAAGUGCUGCAGGAAAAAUGCCAAAAGGAAAGAAAAAGAGUGUGAGCAGAAUAGGCUGGGUGAUGAGAUGUGGCUGACCAAAUGGCUGUCACACACAAGGAACAUGCACAUUCUUGAAGGAACAUUUGAUGGAGAUGCAAGAGGACGUGUGUCAUCUUUUGUCCCUAAGGACCAGGGACGUUUGCUGAGCAAGGUAAUGCUAUUCUUGUCCGAGGAAGAGGAACACCCACCCCCUUCCUCUUCUACAGACCCAGACUACAAAGAGAUAUACAGAUACUUAGGACAGGUGUUGGAGGGGGAGGAGCCAAGCCAGCUGAGUCAGGGGAGUGCUACCAUGGUGCUCAGGAUGCUGGACAGGGUAGAGGAGGUGGCGACCAAGAGUAAAUACAGAGGCACACUCAACAAUCGUUUGCACCUUAAGCCACCACCCUACAUUACUUCCUGGAAAGGACCUACUGAUGAAGAACAGUUGGAGGAAGAGGAAGAUAGAAGGCCAGAGUGUCCUCUCUUCACUACUGGUGAUGAGGAAGGGCUGACUGAAGAGGAAGAGAUCACAGAGUUACAGAAAGAUGAUGCAAAUUAUGAACUGAAGAAACAGGAAGCUCUAAAGAAGAGCAAGGAGGUGCAGGCAGCCGUAGCCACUUCCCUCACUAACAUCCCAGGACUCAACCCCUAUGCCUUUCCACAGGAUCUUCUCAUCAAACCUGAAUAUAUUAAUGAGGAAGCUGUGGAGAAUAGUUAGUGCCAUUGUAACCACCUGUUUGUGCUUCCAUUACAACCAGUUACAGUACUGUUGUUACUACCACCAUUUUUCAAACUGGUGUCUGGUGAAAAAAACUACCUCCACAACUUGAUCAAUUACAACUACUGCAGUCACCAAUACUUGUCCAUUACUGUUGUCACCAUCACCACUACUAUAGUUGGUUCCAUCUAUGAGGUCCGUUUAGUGUGGGGCAGGUCACAUCAUUUACCUCUAGCUAUACUGCCAAAUCAAUCUUCAUACAUGUGUCUCUCUUAUUUCCCAUCCGUGUGCUAUUUGAAAGUGAUAAUUUUACCUAUGCUGUAUAUAGUAAAGGAAGCCACAUAGUACAAUGUGUGUCGAUGUUUAGGAUUAUAACAAUGAUUCAUGUAAA